ACGUUGGGGGCGUGUACGUGAUGCGGAAGAGCAGGUGCACUUCAUUCACAGCGUAAACAUAACAAGGAUCGCAUCGCUACCCAAUCUGUCACAGGCUGCGUUCGUGCUGAUCGUACCUUUUCUAACGGCGAAAAAUAGUUAAAUCAUCUGCAUUUGGACUGGUUUUAAGGCGGUGAAGGGCAGGUCGAUAUGACUUUAAACCAGAACCACUCGGAAUCUGGAGGAGUCAUCAUCAACAACAGCGAAAGUGUGUUGAUGAACCAUGACAACGUGGAGCUGGCCUUUUCUGACGCCGACAAUUUGCCCGAAGCCUUCAAAAAGAGUAAAAAAGGCAGCAUCUACCUGACCCCGUACAGGGUGAUCUUCGUGGCUAAAGGCAAAGAUGCACUGCGCUCCUUCAUGAUGCCCUUCUACCUGAUGAAGGGCUGUGAGAUUAAACAGCCCGUCCUGGGAGCCAAUUACAUUAAAGGCACCAUCAGCGCCGAGCCCGGAGGUGGAUGGGAGGGCAGUGCUACGUUCAAGAUGAUAUUUCUGGCUGGAGGGGCCAUAGAGUUUGGACAGUACAUGCUGCAGGUGGCUGCUCAAGCCGCUAGAGGUCAGCCUGUGACCGCGGACUUCGGUGGCUGUCCCUACAUGGCUAACGGGGCGUAUGUGUACCCCCCACCUCCGACCAAUGGCAUGUACGCUGCAGCAGGAGCACCUCCGGGCUAUGCCUACCCCAACACCCCUCAAGCUGGAGGCUUCUACCCCAGCCCACCGGUGUUCGAUCAAGCUGCUGGCUACAUGCCCCCCCCUCCAUACUCUGCUCCUCUGGGUCAGCAGCCGCCCCACAACCCAGACAUGCCCAUGUCUGCCGCAGCAGAGGCCAAAGCUGCAGAGGCCGCAGCCAGUGCCACCUAUACACUGCCCCCCACGCAUGUGUACCUGCCAGAGGACAAACCACCUCCGUAUUCUCCUCCAGAGGACAAGAAGAACCAGUAGAUUUGCUCUUCCCAUCAUCUGUUCUCGAUUGAAGCAUUCCUAAUGUUUGUUUUUUUUUCAUUUAUCAUUUAUAACCACACCAAACCAGUAUUUUUUUUUUGUCAUUUUUUGUUCUUUACUAGUUUAAUUUCAGUCCCAUUUAACUUAACCAAAUGUAACGCUAUUCUUGCUUCCUUACAACCACUACUUAAAAAAAAUGUGAACUUUGGUAAAAAACGAAGCAUUGUUAGCCAAAGUAACUAACAACUCAAUAGUGUGGCGUGGAUGGACUCUAGAUCGAACGCUAGCUUUAGCUCUGCUCGGAAACUGCUAAUUUUCUGAACUUGGUUACGCUAACACAGGCUAAAAGCAGUAUUUUAUUUUUGUAUUAUUUGUGUAUAGCCUACGCACUUGAAGAUAUGCUAUAUUUUGGAGAAUUUAAAAGUACAAUUUUGUAAAGAAACGUUUAUAAGAUUAGUUGAGAGUAUUUUGCCCUAGUAAAGAUUGAAACGGCGGGAAUGAUGCUAGCUUGGAUUAGCUUUGUAAAGUAAACAUUAUUUCAGCUUUUGCAUCUGUUAGAAUCUUCUAGAAAUCACACACUGACUUAAAUUUACUUUCUCACACCCAAUUUUCUUUCUGUUUUAUUCUGAAAUCUCAAUCUACAGCUAAUUCUUCGCAUUUGCUAUGCAUUGGAAUCGCUCUGUUACGGCUCUAUGUAAAAUAAUAAUAACUGUAUGUAUUUUUAAUUUAUUUAAAAAUGUCUAUAAAAUAAAUAAUUAGCAUGAUUAUCAACUACUGUAAUGUACCGUAUACGUGCAAAGGAUUUUAAUAAACAGCCUAACUUCA